AAGAAGGAAUAUAAACAUGGAAACUCACGAAGCUUUAAAGGGGACAACGAGCUUCAACAACAACAACAACGGUCAUCUCAUCACCCAACUGUGACGGCGGCGCAACCUCAACAAUGGUGGCUGCGGCCGUCAACAACAGGUUGAAGAGGGAGCAAUGCGACCGCACCAAACACGAUUCCAACUUUUCCCAUUGGAAGAUUCUUAUUGGCCCUUCUGAUUGGGAGGACUUUUCCAAGGGAAAGGAAGGAUCUGCAAGGUACAGGAUUCAUAACCUUCAUAAAAAUUCAGGAUCAGGAGUUUAUGAGCUUGGGAUAGCUGUGUCGAGGAGCGGUUUGGGGCGUGAAAUUUAUAAGCUUGUGGCCGCUGACCCUCAACGCGUUGUUGUGGUUUACCUUGGAGAAGCGGACAAUGUGAGAGCGCGGCUCCAGUGUUAUGGCAGAAGUGGGGCUCAUCUGGGCAAUAGCGGCUCGGAUGAUGCGUCUCCGCAGAAGGGGCGGCCAUUGUUUCAGGAGAUAUUUUCUCAAGGCUUCCCAAUUGUUUAUAGAUGGGCUCCUAUGCAAAACAAGGAAGAUGCUCUGCGAACAGAAGCUCAGCUGCUCGAUACAUUUGAUUAUGCAUGGAAUACUAGCAAUAAUGGUACUCGGCGGCCUGAUGAUAUUCUUCGAAUGCUAAACAAAAUUGCUUCGAGCACCAGAACAUUUUCAGAUGUAGCCAAAGUGCUUCUACCUUUCACUCAGAGGCAAGUGGGUAUCCAAAUUGAAUCAAGCAAGCUACCUCUUGCAAAUGACAAAUCAGAUGAUGAAGCAGACAGUGGCAGCAAUAAUUUCCUAUCUCGUGUAUUCAAAUUUAACAGAUCACGUCCUAGGAUAGUUCAGGAUAUCACUAGUGGCGUCAUUCAGGAGAAUGCUAAAAUUUGUGGAGUGACGUUGGGUGAUGGUUCUAUUUGUAGAAAGCCGCCAGCUGAGAAAAGACUGAGGUGUCCUGAACACAAAGGAAUGAGAACAAAUGUGUCCACUGCCAAAGCCAUCAAAGCACCUGAAUCAAAGAGCGUUAGCUACAGAUACCAAAAUGCCAGCCAUGAUAUAAAAGACCCUCCACAAACCUUGGUCGAGCGUCCUGUUGAUGAGAUUAUCACCCAGACUAAUAUAUGUGGAAUCGUCUUGGAUAAUGGCUUCCCUUGUAGAAGAGAACCAGUUAAAGGAAGAAAAAGGUGCCAAGAACACAAAGGAAUGAGAAGAAAUGUGUCCACUGCCAAAGUGAUCAAAGCACCCAAGUCAGAGGACAUUGUGCUACCCUAUGAAUUUCCUCAAACAGAGGGCAAUGGCUACAGAUACCAAAAUGUCAGUCAUGAUGUAAAAGACCCUCCACAAGCAUUGGUUGGGAGUCCUGUUGGUGAGAUUAUCAACAACACCAAUAUAUGUGGAAUCAUCUUGGAUGAUGGCUCCACUUGUAGAAGACAACCAGUUAAGGGAAGAAAAAGGUGCCUUGAGCACAAAGGGAGGAGAAUUCGUGCAUCAUUUCAUGUAAACCAGAGGUAAAUCAACAAUGCACAAUUUCUGCAUAAUGAAGUUUCAGAAACUAAUAAUGCUGAAGUCCAAGUGUUAUGCAUAAACCACAAAUUGAACUCGGUGAAUUAAGUUAAUGGAAAACAAUAUGGAUUUAGGUGAUGAAUUUUUAUGUAUAAGACAACCUGUUCUAUGAUGGACAAUGUGAAAGCAGCAUAAAGGAUAGUUUGAAGAAAUUGGAAUUAUUGAAGAAAUUGGAGCAUCAUAACCCAGCAGCUCUCUAAGCAAAAGGAUGCAAUACCGCAGAGGCAUCGUAACCCAACAUUUUCAGUUGUUAGUAAUAAUAAAUGGUAAUUAGCACUUGGCAGCAGAGGCAUUGAUGAAAUAUUGUAUUCCCUUGAAGGAUGAAUCUGUUUGUGUGACAGCCCUUGCUCGUUGAAGGAAUGACUUAGGAGGAUAAACCUCUUCUGAUUCUCUGUAGCAUACAUUAUCUCAUUCCUAGGUAAGGUGUACAGAAAUACAUGUUGCAUCAUAUUUAACGAUGGAAUGAUAGGUAACUCUUAGUGGGGGUUAGUUAGUUAAUGAGUUGGUUAGAGAGAAUGAGGAAAUCUAAGUAAGAGGGCGAGGGUAUCUAGAUUGUAAUCAGGGACAUUUAGGGAGAGUGCUAGUUUCUCAAAUACCAGUAGUCAUUGACUCAUUGUAGUUCCAUUGCUAUUCUUGAGAAAUAAACAAUUUUCUUUUUCAUUCAUCUCUUGAUGGAACUCUGACAUGAUUUCUCA